AUCCCGAAGGUUGUCCUUGUUGCCACGAGGCUCGCCAUUCCCCUGCCGCGGACAUGUCCGGCCUGUUCGUCACCGUGGCUGCGGCCGCUGCCGUCGGAUACAAGGGUUUUAACUCGGCGCUGGACCAGGGAUUGGUGCCGCAACCGCCGGGGAAAUACGCCAGCACCGAUCGCCACCGGUGGAGGAACGCGGCUACGUCGUGCCUCAAUGCAGCCGUCGUGUCUGUCCUUACGCUGCACUGUUUGUUCAGCUAUCCAGAUGCCUGGCAUUCCCCUCAUUCACACUACAGCGAGUUGGCGGAGGCUAGCCUGGCUGUGAUGACUGGUUAUGUCAUCUACGAUACAUGGGACAUCAUAAUGCACACAGGUUUGUUCAAGCAGUGGACAGUCCUGCUUCACCAUGUUAUUGUAGGACUGGUUUUCUACAUGCUCAGCAGGGAUCGGGUGGAAUUCGGUUCGGGCAUGAUCGCUUUGCUGACGGAAGUCAAUGCCGUGUUCCUGCACUCCCGUCAGCUCUUGCUGAUCUAUGGUUUUUCCAAGAGCUCCCCCAUCUACCGCGUGCACAGAGCCUUCAAUCUGGCGACCGGCCUGUUCUUUCGUCUGGUGCCCGUGGCCUACGUCUUCUUUAUGUCAUUCUUCAUUGGCGGCCGCGGCCAUGCGUCGGUCGCGCUGCAGACGCUUCUUCCGUUGCUAACUUUCUCUGCGCUGGUGAUGAAUUGCAUGAUGCUCAUGCGAUUGCUUCGCAGUGAUUUUUUUAGCACGAAGACCGACAAAGUUGACUUUAUUUUGGAAAACUAGGCAUAAAAUGGAGCUUAUUUUUGCAUCUCCUUUGGGGAUAGGCUACAGUACCAGCGGCUUCGUGGGUAAACAUUUUGAUUUGCUCGUUCCAACCGCUGUCUUAAGCUUAGUAUCCAUAUGGUCGUGUAACGAACACCGACGGCACGCAAAAUGUCAAGACAGUCGUUGAAGAGACGCUGCGUGACAUUAUUCCACCAAAGAAAUAACCAAAAUGGCGUCGAAUAUCUCGGAGAAAUUUCGCGUGAGAUGCCUUUUUUAGAUGGUGAUACUUUUUUCAAGCGAAAGCAAGCUGCACUUCUACGUAUUUUGCUCAUGGUCAGCCAUUUUGUUGAUGAUUGGGGCGGCAUUUUUUUAGUUAUUAGGAGGGAAUGUACUAACGCGUAGUGCUCUGUGAGAAAUACAUUUAAAGGCCCACGUAUUCGGUGGUAAAUAGUCCCCCGUAACUAGACCUGUGUGAUUGCAACCUCCAUCAAACCAGAGAAGAAAUUUUCUCAGCCCAACGUUCACUGGGUCAAGAACACGAACGAAACUACUGGCAACGUGCUCAACCGCUCAAAGAUAACUCAGUUUUUUUACACUACGCACAUUAUAACCUACGAAAGCCUGUUCGUGCCACCCCUAUUUUUCACAGUAGAUAUAUAUUUUUUCAAAAGUAGCUAUUUUCAUUUUCGUGAGUAGUUAUUUUUAUUUUCCAGAGCAGGUAUUUAUAUUUUCAAAGGCGGCUGUUUUCGUGAGCAGCUAUUUUUAUUUUCGUGAGCAGCUGUUUAUAAUAUAUUUUCAAGAGCUCGCUGGAAAAGUGAUUAAAAACAGACUUGCGUGGCCUUGUUGAAACGGGCUGCAGAAUGAGCCUCAGCCAUUCGGCUGCAGGCCAGCUGUUGUCAUUGUACGUAAAAUAAGCCACAGCCCGCGACCAAAACCUUGUUUCGUAAAGUUUUUGAAAAUAUGAAUAGCUCCUCAGGAAAAUAAAAACACCUACACGUACUUUUGAAAAUAAAAAUAGCUGCUUUUGAAAAUUCGAAUAGCUGCUGUGAAAAAUAAAAAUGGCAUUAAUAGGCUUUCGUAAUAAUAAAUAUUUGUUAUGAACGCUUUUUAUACAAACAUUUCUACAGUACCUUUUGAAUGUUUGUGUUUAAUUAAAAGAAGAUCACUGUUGCACAGACUUACAUGCACAUCUUUCUGUGGGGAUUUCGUUAAUUUUUCAUUUUAGUGGAUAACAACCCUUGUUUGGUUUUUUUUGUAACUUCUGAGAUUAUCUAUGGAUGACUCCAAAACAAUUUAGCUGUCGACAAAAAUUUUGGGGGCAUGAUUCCAUUCUUAUUCAGUGGUGCAGGUUGGAGUUAAUUAGUUCUUAAACAGACUUGGGCAUUUUCGUUUACUGUCUGAAGUUUCGAAGUUUUCUUUUGAACUGUUUUGUGGUGCUGUGUGUAUAUAUUAACUGUGGAGUGUGGAGUGUCAUGGCCUCGUGGUUAAGAGUAUUGGAUUCGUAGUAGUUGCGGGUUCGAAUCCAGCUUGGGAUCACGGUGCGUGUGCCCUUGGGCAAGGUACUUCGUAACUCAUUGCUUCUCCCCACCCAGGAGUAAUUGGGUACCCUGUGAGGGCAGAGAUGGGUAGUGUGGUUGAUUUAGCUGCUUUGCGCAGCAAUGGCUGCAUGAAGCCGUCUACUCCCAAAUAUACUCCAAAUUGUAUUUGGAUUAUUUUGUGGGCCCAAUGAGCAGGGUAAGACUUAUGGGAAGCGCCUUGAGCAGCCUCUGGGUGGGUAUUUUGUGUGUUAUAUUUUUUUAUUAUUAUGUUUCAUGGAACAUAUCGGUACUUCUACAAAAUUACUCUUGUGUUAUUAGACGUUGCACGUAAUGUCAAUGGGACUGAGUUGCAAUUUCAGCGUUCUUUCAAAAAGACAGUCCACGCUCUGUCUCAAACGUUUAGAUAUUCUAAAGCACAAAUUUAAAUGAUCCGUGAAAAAGCAGCAAUGGAGUGUUCUAAUGUUUUGUACUUUUUGCUGGGAAUUUACAUUUGAUAUUGACAUGCUGUUAAAGGGUACCUGCAAUGGAGUUUUAAAAAUACAA